AUGAGAAAUUAUGCAAAAUUUUGCGUGAGAAGUCAAGCUAUUUGUUCAAAAGCGCUAGUAGAUUCCGUCUUUUUGAACAAGAUGAAGAGCCAAAAGAAACUUCUCCAAAAGAAACUUGUCCAAAUUUCAGUACUCAGCCACCCCGAGAUGUUACAAG